CUUGCCCUUUCAUUUAGCAAAAAAUGAAGCGGUAAGAGUAAGCUCCUUGCCAAACUUACGUGUUCAAAACCAAGUUUUAACUUCUAUUAUAGGAGGUUAUCAUUGUAAAAAGAAGAGUAUUUUAGUCGAUAAACAAUAGAUGAUAUGAUUAUCUUAUUGUUUUAAUAGAUCACUCGUUUGCUAUAAAUUGGUGGAGAGGAUAGUACUCUCCCUACACAAAAAAGGAAAAUAAGUUAACUCACGAGAAAGCAUGGCUAUUCACAGAGCUAAUUUCCUUGUUCUCCUGAUUGUUCUUGGAACGUUUCUACUUGUAAGCAAGCUGGGAAAAGCAGAUGCCAAGCAUUGUACUAAGAACUGUGAUCCAAGAAUUGAUCAUGCAAUUUGCCCACGUUCAGAAGAAAAUCAGAUCAAUCGCAUGUGCACCAACUGUUGCGCAGGCAUGAAGGGUUGUAACUAUUACAGUGCCGAUGGAACCUUUGUUUGUGAAGGAGAGUCUGAACCAGGAAAACCAAAGCCUUGUCCCCGCAAUUGUGAUCCAAGAAUCGAUCAUGCAAUUUGCCCGAUUUCAGAAGAAAACCGGAUCAAUCCCAUAUGCACCAAUUGUUGCGCAGGCACGAAGGGUUGUAACUAUUACAGUGCAGAUGGAACCUUUGUUUGUGAAGGAGAGUCUGAACCAGGAAAACCAAAGCCUUGUCCCCGCAAUUGUGAUCCAAGAAUCGACCAUGCAAUUUGCCCGCGUUCAGAAAAAAACCGGAUCAAUCCCAUAUGCACCAAUUGUUGCGCAGGCAUGAAGGGUUGUAACUAUUACAGUGCUGAUGGAACCUUUGUUUGUGAAGGAGAGUCUGAAGUGGGAAAACCAAGGGCUUGUCCCCUUAAUUGUGAUGGAAGAAUUGCCUACGGGAUUUGCCCACGUUCAGAAGAAAAAAGGAUCAAUAAAAUAUGCACAAAUUGUUGUGCAGGCAAAAAGAGUUGCAACUAUUACAGUUCCAAUGGAACUUUUAUCUGUAAAGGAGAGUCUGAAGUGAAAACUAAGGAGGAAGUUGAACAUCCCAAACCUUGUACUUUGGAAUGUGAUACAAGAGUUGCUUACAUGACUUGUCCAUCUUUGGGAUUGGCCAAACUUGAACAAGUUUGUGUCAACUGUUGCAUGGCAGGAGAGGGUUGCAAACUCUAUGAUCAUGAUGGAUCUUUAAUUAGUUGUCCUAAGGAGCUAUAAAGCUAUUAAUCCUCCUAAAUAGCUGUUUUUUUUUAAAAACAGUAUGUGCUCUACGUAUGAAAUAAAGGCAUAUGUACAUAUGUAAUGUGACAGUGGAGCUUUCCACAGCUUGCGCAAGGCAUCCAAGUGUUUAAUAAAUGGAGCACUACUUUGUUGUACUUAUA